AAAAUUAUACUGGUGAUAAAGAUAAAAUUUGUAUUUGUUUGAUUCAAGAUUUUAUUCCAAAAGUUUAUGAAUAUGAAAAGAUACUUGUAAAUAAUAAAAUUAAAUUAAAACAAGAAAAAACUAAAUGCUUAGAAUAUGAAAUAGAAAAUAGAAUCUUAAAAAAUUAUAAUAAAAAAUUAGAAAAUACAAUUAAAGAACUAGAAAAAAAACUUGAUGAUGUUAAAAAUCAAAAUGAUUUAAUUCUAAAAAUUUUAACUAAAAAAUAA